CACCGCAGCACGAGCUGCUGCAUCAACUGUCUCUCCGUCCGCGAGCUCUGUGGCGCGGGUCAUUAGACAGUGUAAAACUUUGCAGGACAUGCGUGGAACUUGUGUUUUUGAGGAGUUUUGAUGGACGCUAACUGUGUUUAACCACUCUCCUGGGACCUCCAAAAUGGAUAACUACUCAACAAACACAUGUGAGGACCAACAAGAGCUGUUGCACGCUGACGCACACUCAGCCUUGUAAGCUGUGACUGUGAACCGUAUUAUCAAGGAAAUUCCUCAGUCCUCCAGGGUCACCUCCGUGGGUUCUCUAUCUGGCGGUUUGUACAGCUGCACAAGCUUCUGUUUCCACAACACACUCUGAAAACACACACAGAGCACACUGUGUUUGGGAGCUGAAGUCAUCAUUUGCUACAGCUCAAGCCCCUGACCAUCAUGGCUUACUGAAAGUGACAGAGAAGAGGCUUGGGUCAAGGGUGUAGCAUGACUUGAAGUGGAUCCAUCCCAUCGUCUUGGUGUAGGGAAACAAGGAAUACAACAGGACGCUCCACGGAGACAUGAUGGCCACUGAACAAAAUCAAACACAGAUCAGUGCUGCUGUUUUGCCUCAGCGGGCUUCACCUCCAUCCACCGGGAGCAGACCCAGCAGAGAGGCCAGGAACGCAAAGGACAGCCAGGAUGUACGGAGACACUCUGACCAAUCAUGGAAAUCGAAGCAACGGAGCAGCCCGUCCCUCCUCUUGUAUAGGAAGUUAUCAUGUGACAGUGGGAAAGAUGCAAUUUUGGACGAGGAAUACAAGAUUUUGGAUUAUGGAUCCAAACUGUUGAGUAAAGAAGAGAAACUUUCUCCAGAGCUGCCAUCUGGCAAGAGAACUGAAGGAAUAACUCACCCUGCUCCUCUGAUACCUGGGAAAUGUUUGGAGGGAUCUCUGUGCCAGCUGGACACCUGCGCAGAGGGUGUGGAUGCUGGCAGAAACAGAGCUGGCAGCACUCACUGCUCCUGCAACAUGUCGGGGCUAAAGAGGAGUCCAAACAUCGACUGUAACAACAGCCCCAGAUCCAGCCCGAGCACUAACUCUAGCCCUGGGCAAAGUCCUCAUCUCAGCCCUUCUCAGCCUAAGCGGCGACACAUCCGCCGCAGCAGCAUGCCAGUGUCUAUGCUGGCUUUCAUCAAGAUGUCACCCUGCCGUUCCUCUCGGUGCAGCACAUGCAGUGAACCAAGCUCUUUGGUGUCCUCACCAUGUGGUUCCCCCGUGACCAGCCACCGCCAGCAUCAUCUAAAUGGACACAUCAACAGGCAUCAUCUCCAUGACGGCUACUCCAGUUUAGAGAGGCUCAACAGAAGGCCUAGAGUUAACAAAUGCUCCCUGGAAAAACUGUUCCUACGACGGGCGUCUCUAGACACCAUGACAGCCACAGUGGGGAACAAUGACAGACUGUCCUUGGAAGGGACCAGGGCCAGCAGCAGUGACGAGGAGGAUGAAGACAGCCUGUUGGAUGACCCGGAGUUUGAUAGGAACCGUAAAGAGCGGUCCACUGUCCUGGUGAGGCGCUACUUCAAGAAUAAUCAGAAGGUGACCAAGUCAGUGUGUACAGGAACCAGGGCGAUUGUUCGGACGCUGCCAUCGGGAAGCAUCUCAGAGGAGGUCUGGGAGUUGGUUGCUCAUCGCAGGUUGUGGCAACCCAGCAAGACGGACUUACGGCCAAUCUUAAUGUGCACUGUGAGAGAAGAGGUCAGAGUCUGCAGGGGGAUGCUACGUAUUGUUGGAGACAAACUACAACAGGCCACUCACCAUGUCCAGGAGAGGGAAGAACUAAACCUGCUCCAUCCCUCCAAAAAGCUCCUGCAGUCUCACCCUGGAUGUGUGUGUCUCAGGGAGUCAUCGUACACUAGCGGCAGCACCCCAGGGAGACUAGAUCUGAAACCCUGCCUUGGUACUCGGAGUUAUCACCCUUCUAACCCACCAAGGCUCUACCGUGCCUGUAACCAGAGGACGUCAGCGUGUUCUCUGCUUACAGGAGCUCUACUAGAGGCCACGGCUGCUCUUGGUGCCCGCUCCACUCUGCCCUACCCUCUGCCCCAAGGCCCAAACGGACACGCUGUGCUGAAAGAGCGUCAGCUGGCCAACAGUAUGAGCAGCAGCAGCUCUCUUCCUCCCAACGUCAGUGGGAUCAAUAAGGAGCUGGCAGAUGUGCGCCACCUUGUUCAGUUUCCUGAAGAGAUCGCCUGUAUCCUCACCGAGCAAGAGCAGCAGCUUUACAAACGGGUCUUUCCUUUGGACUACCUCUGUUUCCUCUCUCGAGAUCUGGGCAGCCCCGAGUGUCAAAGCAAACGUCACCCAAACCUCAAGGCCUCGCUGUCAGUGCCGGCCAUGCCUACCCAGAGUGCUCAGCAAAGCAACGCUGUGGAGGACUUGGUGGCACGAUUCAAUGAGGUGAGUUCGUGGGUGACGUGGCUGAUCCUGACCGCAGGAUCCAUGGAGGAGAAGAGGGAAGUUUUCUCCUACCUGGUCCAUGUCGCCAAAUGCUGUUGGAACAUGGGAAACUACAACGGUGUCAUGGAGUUCCUGGCUGGACUGAGGUCUCGCAAGGUGCUGAAGAUGUGGCAGUUUAUGGACCAGUCUGACAUUGAGACCAUGAGAAGCCUAAAGGACGCCAUGGCUCAGCACGAGUCUUCUGCUGAGUACAAGAAGGUGGUGACAAGAGCACUCAAUAUCCCAGGAUGCAAGGUGGUACCAUUCUGUGGGGUUUUUCUGAAGGAGCUCAGUGACGCACUGGAUGGGACAGCAAGCAUCAUCAGUCUCAAACCCCCUCUAGAUAACACAGAGGACUCAAUAGAGUUUGUGUCUGACUACAGCGGCCAGCACAACUUUAUGUCGCGCUCUGGUUCAGACGGUUUACAUGUCCCUGAAAAAGAAGCUACUGUCAGCAACAUCCUCCAGAUUAUCAGAUCUUGUAAUCGUAGUUUGGAGGCAGAGGAUCCCGAUGAUACGUCUACCAGCCCCUCCUCUACUGGCCCUUCCUUAUCAUCCCGAAACAACUCAUUCAGGGACCGCUGUCGCAAUCAAUUCAUGGUGGGGGACUUGUCUGAUUCCGAGGGUGACUUAUCGUCUGAGUCUUUAGUGAAGGAGGUGGAGUUUCAGGGAACUGAGGAGACGCACAGAGCUUUCAGCCACGGCACUGAGCUCAUUCCCUGGUACGUGUUGUCACUACAGCCAGAUGUUCACCAGUUUCUGCUGCAGGGAGCCACAGUGAUUCACUACGACCAGGACAGCCACCUCACAGCUCGCUGCCUGCUGCGACUGCAACCUGACAACACCACAAUCACCUGGGGUAAGCCUCAGAGUGGAGGAGUGUCUCCCACAGAGGCACCUAUAGGGUUAGGACAUGCUGUCGUGGCAGGGCUGACUGAGGGCCUUCUGGACUUGGGAAUAGUAAAGGCUGUGUUCCUAGGUCAUCAGGGAGUGGAUGUUCACGCCGUGAAUUUGCAAAACAAGCUGAGCCAGAUGACAGUGGAGGAAAACGGUCUUAGCCUCCUCUACGGUCUCGGUACAACAGACAACAGACUCCUGCACUUUGUGGCCCCGAACCACACUGCACGAAUGCUGCACAAGGGCCUGUCAGAGUUAGUGGAUGCAACCAGGAAAUUAAAGAAGUUUCCUGACCAGAGGCUGCAGUGGCUGAGGAGGCAGUAUGUUAGCUUGUAUCAGGAGGAUGGCAGGUACGAGGGCCCUACGCUGGCCCAUGCCAUUGAGCUGUUUGGUGGGCGGAGGUGGAACAUGGGUAUAGGUGGAAUGGAGAAAUCUGCAGCCCAGAAAAGCAGCCCUCUGAGCAUCAAUGAUAAGGUCAAGAGGAAAAAGAAGGUCCUUGUCAGGGGAGACAGUGGGGAUGCAACAGAUGACGAGAUGGUUUCUAGAAAAACACGGAGCUGUAAGGAGGGACUGUACCGGAAUGGGCCAGAGUCUGACAGCAUUGACCAAGACGAUCCAGACGACAGCUUCCCUGGCCCCUUCUCCCUCUCAUCCAACAAAAGCUCUGGAUUGCUAGCCUCUUCUUCCUCCUCCUCCUCCUCCUCCAGCAUGGCAGGGUCCAACCAGACCCGCCCGCAAUCCUCUCCGAUUCUCUCUGGAAACACAAAGUCACAGCCAGGGUCUUGGAACAGCAGGUCAUGGCAUGGUCGAGGCAAAGGCUGUUUCAAAAGCUUCCAGAAUCUGAUGAUAUCAGACAGCACGAUGAGCUUUAUUGAGUUUGUGGAGCUCUUCAAGUCAUUCAGUAUUCGAAGCAGGAAGGACUUGAAGGAGCUGUUUGACACCUUCGCUGUCCCCUGUAGUCGAUCAGGUCCAGAUUCAGCCCCUCUCUACACCAACCUGAGCAUAGACGACAAAGACACAGGGCUGCAGCCAGACCUCGACUUAUUAACUCGCAACGGUUCAGAUCUCGGCCUUUUCAUCCGGACGAGGCAGCAGAUGUCUGACAACCAGAAGCAGAUCUCAGACGCCAUCGCAGCAGCGAGUAUUGUGACCAACGGGACAGGGGUGGAAAACUCUUCUCUAGGUGUGUUGGGAUUGGCUAUUCCUCAAAUGAACGACUUCCUGGUCAACUGUCAGAGGGAGCACCUCAGCUAUGAUGAAAUUCUGAGCAUUAUACAGAAAUUUGAGCCCUCGUCGAGCAUGAGACAAAUGGGUUGGAUGUCAUUUGAAGGUUUUGCCAGGUUCCUGAUGGACAAGGAGAACUUUGCUUCUCGCAUCGAGGAAUCCCAGAUAAACCCAGAGGAGCUGCAGUACCCUCUGUCCUACUACUACAUCGAAUCUUCUCAUAACACCUACCUGACAGGACAUCAGCUCAAAGGAGAGUCCUCUGUGGAGCUUUAUAGUCAGGUGCUGCUGCAAGGCUGCAGGAGCGUCGAGUUGGACUGCUGGGAUGGAGACGAUGGCAUGCCAGUUAUUUAUCAUGGACACACACUCACCACUAAGAUUCCCUUUAAGGAUGUGGUGGAAGCCGUCAACCGCUCUGCAUUUGUCAAUUCGGACAUGCCCGUCAUCCUGUCCAUUGAGAACCACUGCUCCUUACCGCAGCAACGAAAGAUGGCAGAAAUCUUCAAGACGGUGUUUGGGGAACGUCUGGUGACGCGCUUCCUCUUUGAAAGCGACUUCAGCGAUGACCCUCACCUGCCGUCUCCGCUGCAGCUGCGUGGGAGGAUCCUCCUCAAGAACAAGAAGCUCAAAGCUCACCAGGCGCCCGUCGACAUCCUCAAACAGAAGGCUCAUCAACUGGCCCACAUGCAGGCCCAAGCCAGUAAUGGGUCACCAGGGGUUACCUCGCCCAGCAACCACACCAAUGAGGAAGAGGAGGAAGAAGAAGACGAGUAUGACUAUGACUACGAGUCACUCUCAGAUGAUAACAUUCUGGAUGACAAGCCAGAGGGGAAGAGCUCAGUAGACAAAGAAGAGCAACCUGUUGAUGAAGUACCAAAGAGGAUGAAGAAGUCGGAUAGCACCACGCAGAGCAAAGGAAAGGUGUUUGACAUGGAGCUAGGUGAGGAGUUUUACCUUCCUCAGAACAAGAAGGAGAGUCGACAGAUUGCCCAGGAGCUGUCCGACCUCAUCAUCUACUGUCAGGCUGUCAAAUUCCCCGGCCUGUCCACGCUGUCUCCGGCCGGCUCUGGCAGAGGGAAGGACCGUGGAAAGAGCAGGAAGUCCAUAUUUGGCAACGCUCCGGCUCGCUGCAGCACAACAGGGGAGGUCAUGGCCCAGAGCCGCACCCCUGGGAAAGGUGGCGCUGAGCGACUCAGCUGGGAGGAGCAACAGACGUCCCCCAUCCUCAACCCCCCCACCUCUCUCAGCGCCAUCAUCCGCACCCCCAAGUGCUACCAUAUCUCAUCUGUCAACGAGAACGCCGCCAAGCGCCUGUGCCGGCGUUACUCCCAGAAGCUGAUCCAGCACACAGUGAGCCAGCUGCUUAGGACUUACCCAGCAGCCACCAGGAUCGACUCCACCAACCCAAACCCUCUGCUCUUCUGGCUGCACGGCAUACAGCUGGUGGCGCUAAACUACCAGACUGAUGACCUGCCCAUGCAUUUGAACACAGCUCUGUUUGAGGCCAAUGGCGGCUGUGGCUAUGUCCUGAAGCCGCCUGUGCUCUGGGAUCGCAGCUGUCUGCUCUAUCAGCAGUUCUGUCCCAUGGAGAGAGAUGUGGAGAAAAUGAGCCCAGCGUUCUACUCUCUUACUGUUGUCUCUGGUCAGAACGUUUGUCCCGGUAACACCGCAGGCAGCCCCUGCCUUGAGGUGGACGUUCUGGGCAUGCCCGUGGACAGCUGCCACUUCCGUACCAAACCCAUCCACCGCAACACCCUCAACCCCAUGUGGAGCGAGCACUUUACGUUCAGCGUGCACUUUGAGGACAUGUGCUUCCUGCGCUUUGCUGUAGUGGAGAAUAACAGUUCUCAGACUACGGCUCAGAGGACUCUGCCUAUCAAAGCCCUCAAGCAGGGUUAUAGACACGUCCAGUUGAGGACACAGCAUAAUGAACCACUGGAGGUUUCGAGCCUGUUUAUCUUCAGCCGCAGAACAGAGGAAAGUCCCACAGGGGGCGCCACUCCCUCAUCACUGCUGUUCAGCUCAGAGGAAAAACGUGCAUCCCAUCAGCAAAAGGUGACGGUGUACGGAGCGCCCGGUCCUGAACCCUUCACUGUGUUCAGUGUCACAGAACAGACGACGGCCAAACAGCUGCUGGACACGAUCUUAGCAGGAAACCCCUCAGAGUACUUCCUGUGCGAGGAGAGGAUUCCUCUCUUGAAGGAGCGCAGUGAGGUCAAGCGUAGCGCCCAGCAUCGUCCUCUAGCGCCCGAGGAGGAGGUGGUCAGACUGAUCUCAAGCUGGAACACUGAAGAGGGAUAUGUGGGGAGGAUCUGCCUCAAAACCAGAGAGGAGUUCUUGCAGAGCUUAAAUGAGAAGAACACGUUGCAAGAGGGGGAGGAGGAGGUGACAGUUGGAGGUAGAGACGGGGGAGGAGGAGCAGCAGAGGACGAUAUGUUUUUCGUCCAGGUCCAUGAAGUUUCCCCUGAACAACCUCACACUGUGAUCAGGGCCCCACGCUACAGUACAGCACAGGACAUCAUCCAGCAGACUUUGUCAAAGGCAAAGUAUUCCUGCAGCAUCUUAUCCAAUCCCAACCCAUGUGACUACGCCCUGAUGGAGGAAGUGACUAAGGAUGCUGGCUCUAAGAAAUCCUCCACUGCCAAGCCCAUGCAGCGUCUGCUGCUUGAUCACGAGUGCGUCUAUCAAGCUCAGAACCGCUGGCGGGGUGCGGGGAAGUUCAUUCUAAAGCUCAAAGAGCAGGUGGUACGGGAAGACAAAAGGAAAGUAAUUUCCUUUGCCAGUGAGCUGAAGAAGCUGACGAGUCGCAGCCGCAGCAUGACGACUGGCAGUGGCGGCGGAGGAGUGGAUGGACCUGCCCAGAGUAAGGAUGAUAGAGCUGCAUGCUGUGUGGCUCUAACUGAGCUCCAGGAGUGAGGCUCACAUUCUACCUGGUGUCUAUGCAUGGAAAGGCAACAGAGGGUAUCUGUCUGCUGCUGUGGGUCUGAAGGCAUGGGUGGCAGAGGGCAGAGUUGGGUCUGGGAGGUUGCUACAGGCCUCCUCGUCCUUUUCCUCCUCUUCACUCAGGGGCCCACUCCAACCUGCCAGCCUGUCCACCUCCUCUCCAACCCCCCUAUCCUGGAAGCUCCAUUUUCUCAGGAACUGGAAGAUCCAUAAAUGAAACUUGGAGAAGAAAGACUUUGUUGACUACUUCUGAAACUUGGAUAAGUCUCCUUUCCUAUAGUUGACCAGCAAGGGUCUGGCAUGUUGUGGAAAUUCUAGGACACGCUCCUAAAGGAGUCUGAUCCUGGCGGCUGAGUUCGGCCCCUUUGCUCGGUUGAAUGUCGGGGGUUUAAUAGAUUUCUUGAUUGUAAGUCCCACUGGGCGUUACCUUAGAGCAAUGAUGGUCAAAGUGAGCGAGAAGCUCUGGAUCUCAUUUAUUGGUUGUAGCCUAUAGGACCAGAGGCAGCUGCUGUGUUUGUGAUCAGGGACACAAAUCAGUCUCUUUAUCAAUAGAAAAGAGCAACUUGUAAGAAAAAAAGGACCCUGCCCUGACUCAGAUUCAAAGAGAGUUUUGCCUUUGGAUGUCCCAGUUUUUUCCCCAUCUCCCAACAAUUACUCUUAUUAAUAAGUAAUAAGACUGUAAAAUUGCAGCACAGCAAACUAAGACUCUUAUAAAAAGAGUUAAUUAUGGAUCUCCAUGACAGUCAAUGCCCUGUCACUGAGUAAAGGGCUUUAUUAGAUGACAACAAUAUGUAUUUGCUUCAAAAGAAUCCCUUCUAUCUCACUGUCAAAGAACACAGUGGACAAAAGGAGAUCUGCUCAUAAAAAUGAAAGGAGAGAUAUGAUAGACGGGGGGGAGCAGUAUCCUUCUCUCUUUCUCAGGGAGGGGCUCUUUAGGCGGAGGGCAUCGUGAAGGAGGCUGACAAGCUGGCUUGUUUGGUUCUUUUCUUGCUGUUUCCAGUUUCACAGUACUGUACGUUUUUGGGCAGUGUAGAUGAACAUUGCUCACAGAAAGAGAAAACAAUAUUCAGAUUUAUUACACUACUAUCUCCACCCUAAAGGUGACGAGACAUGAGCAGCAUUCUAAGGAAGUGUGAGCGCACAAUGUUAAAAAAGUGCAAAUGCAAUUAAUUCAUCACAAUGUUGCAACUUUGCUCUUAUUUUCUGGUUAUUUGUAGCUGUAUCUCUGAGGACCACAGGCUGUUUCACAAAGGAUGAUCAUUAUUGAUAAGAAUCCCUAAAAUAAAAGGCAUCUUGCUUUGAAAGCCACUCAAAUAGGUUCAUAAAAAUGUCAGGAUAAAACUACAUAUUUUAUAUAUUUUAUCAUUCUUUUGGUUUCAUCCUUUUUUGAAGAAGAAGAGUGAUGGUUGCAGCACUAAAAUCCUUUAGGGAGAACACCUCUGAGUCUUCUUUAAACAGCAUUUUGCACAUUUGUUUCCCUUUUGUUGACUUUUUUGUGUUACUGUCUAGUACAUAACAAAGAUUUAGUUGUUACUAGAUGGUUAAAUUAUGAUUAUCAUGUUUAUUACCUUGAAUUUCAGCCCAGUUAGGAAUUACGUUUUGAAAAAAAGCACAAGAAAAUGUUAUUUGUUUUAAAUUCCUCUUCUUUUUAUUAAACCUGAUCUUUAAAAUUCCCCUAACUAAAAUAUUUUAACUAAAUGAUUUGCAUUUCACUAAUUUUAUGAGCCCACAUUUCCUCUUCUUGAUUUUAAACGCAGUAUAUUUACUACUAGUAUUGACUUAUGGUCAAUAAUAGUAGACUUUUCUUUAUUUCUAAAUGCUGCUUUUUAAAAUUUGAGUCAAACUUGAUUUAUUUGGGGCCUUUUUCCAUUUUGUUUUUGCUCUGAUGUGAAACAUUUCCAUAUUUUUAUAAGGCAAGAUUGUGAACAGUUUUAUUGGAAAUUUCAUGUAUUAAGACAUAGAUCUUACUCUCAUGGCUCGUUUCCACCAAGCGGUCUUGUAUGGAUCAGUACAGUUUGGUACGGGUCGGAUCGGUAACACCUGAUCCUGUUUGCGUUUCCACAGCUAACCGUGCCCUACUUGAUGGGCGGCAUGUUAGCCAGUAAUAGCGUGACGUCAUGGCAGCGCGACACAGUGUACUCUGCGAAUAAAUGCAACAAAGAGGAAAAACACGAGGAAAGUCUGCACCUCCGCGGUCGACCAUGGAAUGCUGUUUCUUGACGCUAUUUUCCAAACAAAAACAGUUAUCUUCCCGAAGUCCACUGGAGAUUUAAACAUGGCGGGGUUAUGUGUUGUUCUUUAUUACCGCUGUCGCACAGGA